CCUUUGAAGAUUCUUGAGCUUGAAAUUUCGAACUUUGAAGCUACAAAGAUAGAAAGAGGGAGAAAGUGGGUAGAACCAAAGCUCCCAAAUCUAGUUAAAGUUUUAGUUUUUGGUAUCGGAAUUUGUUCUUUAUUUUUUUGGGUCAUUUGUGAGAAAAGAAAAUGAACAAUGGUCAUCAUCAAGAAGCCAUCAACAAAUUUCUGUCUUUAAUGGAAAAUGUUGACGAGAAGAUGAAGAACACGUUUCAGAAUAUGCAUCAUGGAUAUCCAACUGAAACAUUAGUCCGGUUUCUCAAGGCGAGAGAUUGGAAUGUUCAGAAAGCUCAUAAAAUGUUAAUUGAUUGCUUACAAUGGCGACUACAGAAUGAGAUUGACAACAUAUUAUCGAAACCAAUUAUCCCCGUUGACUUAUAUAGAGCGGUGCGAGAUUCUCAACUAGUAGGAGUGUCGGGUUACUCAAAGGAGGGUCAUCCUGUCAUUGCCAUUGGUAUUGGGCUUAGCACAUACGAUAAAGCUUCCGUGAAUUACUAUGUACAAUCACACAUUCAAAUGAAUGAAUAUAGAGAUCGUGUAGUAUUGCCUACGGCCACAGAAAAGUAUGGACGACAUAUUAGCACUUGUUUGAAAAUCUUGGAUAUGACUGGCUUGAAACUUUCGGCGUUGAACCAAAUAAAGCUAUUGAGUACUAUAGCUACCAUUGACGACUUGAAUUAUCCCGAGAAGACAGGGACGUAUUAUAUUGUCAAUGCGCCAUACAUAUUUUCGGCGUGUUGGAAGGCUGUAAAACCUCUUUUGCAAGAAAGGACGAAGCGGAAAAUUCAAGUGCUUCAAGGUUGUGGAAGGGAUGAGUUACUCAAAAUAAUGGAUUAUUCAUCUCUCCCACAUUUUUGUCGAAAGGAAGGAUCGGGAUCGGGGUCGGGGUCAUCACGUAACAGCAGCAAUGGAACAGUAGAUAAUUGUUUCUCAUUAGACCAUACCUUCCAUCAACAACUUUAUAAUUACAUAAAGCAGCAAUCAACACUUAUAGAGGCUAGUUUGCCGAUCAGACAGGGAUCAGUUCAUGUAAAGUUUCCGAAGCCGGGGCUAGAAGAUACUGAAAUCGUAAAAACCAUUCAAACCGAGCUUGAUAGGUUUGCAGAUCAGAAUGCUGUAUGCAACUCUAUGAAUGUGGUUAAGGUAAAUGGCGAUUAAAUUCUUUUGUACCAAAUAUGUCAAAAUGGCUCAUCAAUAACUACUUUAGAAUGAGAUGACGCCUUCUAUUUCAGUUAUCAAAUGUAAUGCCACAGCUUUCUUGCAUCAGCUCGAUGCAGGCUGUGUACCCAACUGAACCGAUAUGGCACCUUAAGCUCUAUAAUAAUAAUAAAAUAACAUUUUUUUUGUCA